AUGGAAGCAAUAUACAGUGUUCUGGGCUUAGGGUGGAUAGACGGCAGGAGUAUUUUAAUAUUUUUCUUUGUCUUUCUGCUUCUCAGCAAUGUUUUAAAGAACCAAAAACCGAAAAACUUUCCUCCUGGACCUCUGGCGCUUCCCAUUAUUGGAGAUCUUCACCGGAUCCAACCUUCAAGACUUCACCUGCAAUUCAGUGAGUUUGCAGAGAAGUAUGGAGACAUUUACAGCCUUCAUAUUUUUGGUGGCAGAGCUGUGAUCAUUAACAGCUACAAACAUGUGAAAGAGGCACUGGUUCAAAAAGGAGAAGAUUUCAUAGACCGCCCUCCUAUUCCAUUGUUUGUUGAGUUAUUUGGGAAUAAAGGCCUUGUGAUGUCAAAUGGCAACCUAUGGAAAAUACAGAGAAGGUUUGCUCUUCAUACGCUGCGGAACUUUGGUCUGGGAAAGAAAACCAUGGAGCAAUGCAUCCAGCAGGAGUGCCAAUAUCUCACUGAAGCUUUAUCAGAACACAGAGGUAAACCCUUUAAUGGCCGGUCACUGCUUAUUAAAGCUGUGUCCAACAUCAUCUGCUGUUUGGUCUUUGGAAAUCGUUUUGAGUACAAUGACGAGCAGUACCAAACUAUUCUUCAGUACUUUGAUGAUGUCGCUGAACUACAGGGAACUUUGUCAGCUCAGAUAUUCAACAUGAUUCCCUCUGUGAUGAGGUGGUUGCCUGGACCACAUAAGACAUUAUUAACAAUUCUUUAUAAGUUAAAGGACUUUGUGGAAAUUCAGAUCAAAGAACACAGAGAGAGCCUUGACCCCUCAUCUCCAAGAGACUUCAUUGACUCCUUCCUGAUAGAAAUGGGAGAUAAAGAGGAUGAAGAUUCUGGUUUUGACCUCAACAAUUUGUAUGCUUGCACUCUGGACCUGUUUGGGGCUGGAAGUGAAACUACAACGACUACUUUACGUUGGGGGCUUCGGUUCAUGAUGUGCUAUCCAGAGAUACAAGAGCGUGUCCAAGCUGAGAUAGAUGCUGUGAUUGGUCCUUCCAGACAGCCUUCUGUGUCUGACAGAGACAACAUGCCCUACACAGAUGCAGUCAUCCAUGAGAUACAGAGGUUCGGCAAUAUUGUUCCCCUCAAUUUGGCCCACAUGACAGCCAAAGACACCACAGUGGAUAAAUACGCCAUCCCAAAGGGAACUUUGAUUAUACCCACACUUCAUUCUGUCCUCCGCGAUAAGUCAGUAUGGGAGACUCCAAAUUCCUUUAACCCUCAACACUUUCUGGAUGAGAAUGGAAAAUUUAGAAAGAGAGACGCUUUUAUGCCGUUUUCUGCAGGGAAACGUGUGUGUCUUGGGGAGCAGCUGGCCAGAAUGGAGUUAUUCCUCUUCUUUACCUCCCUCCUCCAGAGGUUUACAUUCUCUCCUCCUGCUGGAGAGCAGCCCAACUUGGAGUUCCAACUUGGAUUUAUACUUGGUCCCAAGCCUUAUAGUCUCUGUGCAAUUCCCCGUUAAACUAAGCAGCUUCAGUGUUCAUCUAUAAAAUAUACAGUGAAAUAAAUGUGAACCGUGAGCCUGCCGACAAUCCUCUAAAGUUUCAUAUGAAACUACAUUGUUUUGUGUUUUUUAAUCAUUAAAGGUUAGGUUUUAAAAACGUGAUUUUAAUGGCUUUAUGAAUAAAUUGCAAUACAAUGUAAUUAUCUAAAAAUUGUGUUUUAUGACAAGGGUUCAAAACAAGCAGCAAUAAAAACUCAACAACAUCUAACCAGCCUCUGAGAGAGUCUAACAAAUGCUUCAAUAGAUAGGAAGUUAGCUAGCAGAGAACCAACUGGGUGAGAGGUGAAUGGAAACAAACAGACUCCAGCCAGUUAUGCAACACAUUCCAUCUCAGAACCCUUUGACACCACAUGCUAAUUCAACAUAGGGGUUGGGUGUGUUCCAGCUGGUUGCAGGGGGAACGUAGGCGGUAUGCUGUGUUGUAUGAAACACUUUUUUUUUCAGAUAAUUUUUGGAGGUUUUACAGAAAAGCUGGAAAGUGGACGUUUUGAUAAAGCUGUGGAAGUUCAUUCCCUGAUUCUCAGCUGUCUGGAUUCCUCAAAACAAAAACAAAAAAACAAAAAAUAAACAAGAAUCAGUCUAAACAUGCCAAGAAAUGAGAGCAGAAGGUGGAGGAGAGCUUUCAUAGGGACUGGUUCUUAGUCUUGUAUGAGUUGUUGCUGUUCGUUUUACAAGUUUUUGGGAUGACUUAUUAAGCUUGCUUUGAUUUAUCUUUAGUUUAGGAACAAGUCUUCAGCUGUUCAAACUCCCCCUGCUGGUAGGUCUCACUCCUGCAAAUUUCCCCCUUCAGCUUCUACAAUAGUUUCUGGUUGUGCUUGUGUGUGUUUAAAA